UCCGGCACAUGAACAAUUCAGGCGGAUCUGGUCAUGCGCCCCCUCUCGGCAAGAAUCGAUGCCAUGCCAGCCUUGGAUUUUUGAGACAGCGGGGGAGGCAGGAGCUCAGACGAAAAGCAAGGGUUUCCCGGUGCGGCAGAAUUAUGCCAGCAAAUCAGCGACGUGCGUCUGCUUUCGAUGUGGAGCACUAUUGGCCUAGCCUCGUCCGGGCCUAGCUCUUAUGUUGCGCAACCAAGACCAACCGUCGAGCAGCGGCAGCGAAUCACACACUGCAUGGAGCUUUCCGCCUCCCAGUCAACCAAGCAGCCUUUCUGCUGCUGCUGAUUCCGCUCCCUCAGCUUUCCUUUCUUUCUUCCACACUUCCCAUAAGUAUCAUCCCUUCCUACACCGCUGUCCCACUCUUUUCCGUUCAUCUUCACCUUCAAUUGAGGCAUUCACUUGCCUCGUUUCUCAACGCCUGUUGUCAACAUACCUCACCUUCAACCAUGAGAUACUUCGAUCAACCCUUUUCAUCCUCUUCACCUGUUCUUGUCUUGCCGCCUCACCUCCCACCACAGCCUUCCUUCAAUAUGGCCUCGAACCGCCCACAAUUCACCUCACCCUUCACCAACGGCGCCCAUCAAUCACCUUUAACAUCUUCUUGGUCGAAUCCCACACCCGCAAGCGCAACUCCUACCUCAGCCGCCGGCCGAAAACGUUCACGCGACGAGGCAGGAUCGAAUCUCGAAGACGAUUACUUCCCUGUCCAACCUCCAGUCGUUCAGCCCGAGCCAGAGAAUGAAGAGGAGUGGGAAUAUGGCGAAGGAAUGACAUUGAUAAAGCCGAACCGCAAGGGGUGCAUCAUCGAAGCCGGCAGUCAGACAGGAACGUGGGCCGAAGAGAAAGCAGAACAAGAGAAGACAAAGGCUGCUGCGGCUGCAAUAGCUGCGUCGGUUCCUGAGCGACCCAUCUUGCGCGCAUCCAAGAGUCAGAGACUGCAUUUGAGCUCGACUCCGUCAAUCUCGGAAGAGGUCCUGAGCAACGGAACGCUGGUGUCGCCAGGCUCGCCCGAGCGGACGAACGGCCACGCUGAGCCAACUGUCGACGACUUCACCCGACAUCUGGGAAUUGGCUGGUCAUCUGUCAACACGGCCGACGAAGACAUUCAAGCUGCCGCUCGAGGCUGGACAAAGUUCAUCGAAAACCACUUCCCAAUAACCGACGCAAAGAUACGGCUUCAGAGCAAGGGCUUGGCAAGCUAUCUUGUUGAAUCGAAUGAAGGAUACUUCUUAUUUGGGGAGGAUUUGAGACAAGGUCGGCUUGUGAACACAAGUUUAGAGAAUACAUGGGUCAACCUCAGAGGACCCGUACCAAUCUUCGAGGGAGAUGUCAUUAUGGAGGCCAGCUCAACUCCUAAGAUUGACGUUGGACUUCAGCCGACGACCAACGGAGAGAUGGUGAUGGAUGGAAUGAAUGGACAUGCUAUGAACAACGAACUUCAGCCGAUGAUCAACGGAGAGCACAUGAUAAAUGGGAUUGAAGGGGGGACUCUUCACGAAAGUUCAACGAAAAUGGUCUCGCAGGUAGAGCCUUCCCAGGCUCUUGCCCUUCGAGGGCCCUCAUCCGUAGUUUCGAGAUCCUCGAGACAUCGACGGCAUGGCAGAUCCCAUGCUGGAGGUGCAUCAUUUAUUCCGCAGAACGAAUUCCCGGUGUUCAGUCACACUGGCGACGUCGAAAUACUCGUGAAGGCUGGCUCCGAAACGAAUCGCUACCUUCUGCACCGUCUCAUUCUCACGCAAUGUUCUGGGUUCUUCGAAGCCAGCACAAGUCAAGAAUGGUCGCGGGCAGGACCUUCAGAUGGCGGAGCAGAAUUGUCAAGAAUGGGGGAGGACUCGGGCAAUGAGUCAGCGAGGAGUAGAGAUGGUCGAGAAGUGAAGAAGAGAUGGAGGUAUGAGCUCGACACAGGCGCGAGUAAUGACGAUAUUCCUAUGUUGGUACAAAAGGAAAACAACCAAGUCUCUUUAUUUGGUUCGGCCGAUAUCCGACCACCCCCAGUUCGCAACAAACCUCCCUCGUCGAACCCCUCAUUUUUCCGAUCCGUGGCGAACCUCAGCCUUCCUCCCUCCUCACAUGGGCCAUCUGCCCCUCAGCUGACUCAAGAAGAGCAAGACCUUCUCAAUGAUUACGAUAAUCUCUUCAAAAUCUUCUACAAUUAUCCACCAGCUCUCGACCCAAUCGACAUCGCAACCGCCUACUUACAAUGCAAAUCACUUCUCACCUUAGCGGACCUAUAUGAUGCACUCGCUGUCGUUGGCCCACGAGUCGAUCACCACCUUUUGCAAUUCCAAUCUCGACUUUGGAAACAAAUUGCAAAAUACCCUUCCUCGUACCUAAAACUCGGAUAUCUUUCACAAUCUAAAAUGAUCUUUCAGGAGGCCCUCAUCCACGUUGUUGGUGCGUGGCCUGUUGGAGAACGACACAUUCGUCAUCAGCUACCUACUUCUGUUAUUGAGAUUAUUGAAGACAAAGUCGAGGAUCUCGCAGAUCUAGUGGGCAAGAUUGAAGGGCGACUGUUCCGCCUCAAUCUCCUGAAUUCGAGGGGAGAAAGAGUCACGCCACAGAAUUCUUAUUUGGAUUGGCUUGUUGUGUCGGUAUUCCGGCAAUGGCUAGCAGAGCAUACCUCACCACCACCACUACCUCAAGUGCCUCAAAUGCCACAAUCUCGAAAUGGUCAUCAUUCUCGAAACAAUACUGUCAUAGUUACCACUACGCACCACACCAACCAAACAAUUCAGCAAUUUUCGCCACUCCCUACAUCAUCCGUCUCAUCAUCUCCCCAAACAGUGAGCACGAAUUUGGGACGCAUCUACCGAAUCCUAGGCACUACGCCAUCCAACUAUCUAAACCAUGACGAUUGCAAGAAAUUCUUGAAGCUGAGUCCAGAGAUCUACUCUCGGGAGAGCCUGAAGAAAUUUGAGAAGAGGCUGGAAGAGGUGAAGAGCAUGGCUAGGGAAAUCGUACGGCCAUUAAUGAGGAGCAGUCUGUCGGGCGAAGGUUCCAACUCAAGUUACCUGGUGUGCACUCGAGUUGACGAGCGAGAUUUCCCCUGG